AUGGGUCGUACAAACCGUUCCCGUAAGCGUCGCGAUGAAAUGAAUAAAAUCAAGAAAGCGCGUUACGAAGCAAAGGAACUUAUUCGAUUAAAGAAAACAUUGGGUCUUAUAGACGCUGAAGGGAAUGAAGUUAUGAAAGAUAUGUCGGAUGUAGCCACAGUAAAAACAGCAAAAGAAUUAAAACUAGAGAAGAAAUCUCGUGAAGAACAGGAAUUGGAGCAUGAGAUGGAGGAGCGACGAGAGCCAGGUAAAAACUUUACAGAAGUUAACGAGAAUACUGGAAAAGUUCAUGUUUACAAUAGUAAAACUAUGAAAGAUCAGCACGGUUCAUACCCGCCAUGGUAUAAACCAAAGAAAACAGCUAAACGGAUACGAAAGAAGGCACACGCGAUGAAAAAACGUUUUAAGCAGACUUGGACAACUGCGAAUGUUCCGUUGUAAAAUAAUUAUUCUUUUCUAGUUCAUAGAGUAUGGUAUAAUAUACAUAUAUAUAUGUAUUUUUAAUUUCACAGGAAGUAUGUAUUUAUGGAUAUAUAGAACAUUUUGAAUAUAAGAAACAAAGUUUUUGGAAAUAAAUUACAUAUUAAAUCUCCUGUGAAAGAUUGAACCCUUGUUAGUUUAA